UUUAAUUAGAAUGGGGUGAGCUACAGGCAUUGAUAAUUUUUGCAUAAUUUCCUAGGUCAUACUGCUCUUGGAUACCAAAUUCAAUUCUUAAAAGCUCCAUGGCUCCAAAGAUCUAGGUUACAUUUUUUUUUUUAAGGUUGCAUCUUAAAAUGAUGAUGGGGAGAAAAAAAAGCAUCAAUCUUAUUAUCAAUUUAUUACCAAUUUAUAAAAAAUCCAUUUUCUAAGCAAUAAAUCAUAAACAUACUAUUCCAGACAACGGUAAACAUCAACAAAGAAAAAAAGAAAGCAAGAGAGUACUCAUGCCAGUCGUGGUGACAUCUUUUGAGGGGUAAAAAGGACCACACUUGAAAUUAAACUGGGCAGAGCUCCCAUUCUGUGCAAAUUAAAAAUCUGGGAUUGUGUACUAAAAUAAAUAGUGAUAACACAAAGGAGUCCUUGAACCAAGUGUCAUAUAUAAAUACUGGUCAGAGGAAACAAACAAAUUAGUGUCUUUUUUUUUUAAAUGAGAAUUUAACUAGGCAACUACUUCCUAUUCAACAUACAGGUAAAAGAUUUUCUCACAAAACAGAAAGCUCCUACUGCAGGAAUACUUAAAAUUCAUCACUAUCUGGGCUAUUAAACACACAACCUCAGAAUGACAGCAUCCAAUAGUAGCUCAUGAAUAAACAGAAGUGGUUCCUUUCCAGACUUGACCAGUGUUUAAAGAUGACAGGUUAAGAUAUGUUUUGAAUUCAAAUUUUAAGUUAUUUUUGAACAAAGACACUUUUGUUUUCUACUCUUGGGUGACAUGGUUCGCAUGAUUAAUUCAGGGAUUUAAAAACAGUGAAUCAAAAAAUUAUACCAUAUUGAUUAUAUUCUGCUUUAGAGCAGAAGUCACCUAAAAAAGAAAAAAAAAUCUAUUCUUUUUGUACCAAAUCAUAAGUACCUUGAAGUUAAGAACUAGGUCUUAAUAAUCUGUGUUCCUCUGCAGUGACCGGGGGGAAGCAGGGCAUGGUUUAAUAAUUACUGUAGCCACUAUAACAGGUGUCAUGUUAGGCACUUUACAUUUAUUUAAUCCCAUAAUACACUUAUAAAUUAAGAAUUAUGAUCUCCAUUUUUCAGAUGAGGAAAGAGGCCAGAAGGUGACUUGCCCAAAGAAGUUUGUAUUCAGACUGACCCAUACUCUUCUCUAAACAUACUUCGCUUAGUUAACUUAUUUAAAAGAUGAUUCCCAUUUUGCUUUUGACCUGAGAAUUACCUGUUUUGUGAGUAAUCAAAGAGCUGUGGACUUAAAACUCAAAAAUCAUUUGGUAAAGUAUUUAGUGAAAAAUUAAUUAUACUUAUACCUGGGCUUAGCCUAAAUUAUGUAUGAAGAAACAAAAUUAACAUUUACUGGCUAUCUAUUGUGUGUAAAGCAUUUAUACAUGUUAUUCUACUUAAUCCUCACAAAACUUAGUAAUAAAAAUAUUCCUCCAUAGGAGGAAAUGGUGACUCAGAAGUGCAGCGCUUGCCUAAGGUCAUACAAGUAAACAAGACACAUCAUUAACCUCUUAUGAAAAGAAAUCUCACUAUGGGUAAUAACAGAACUGGCAGUUUUUCCUUAUAACAUACAAUUUUCUCUCCAAGGUUCUAUUUUAAAUACUUAAACUAUACAAUCACAUUACUAGAGAGUCUCAAAUGUUUACCUAUAAGUGCUAAUUAAAAGUACUCAAAUCAUGUAGCUCCAAACUGUGUUUCAAAAUAAGUUCUGUUAAAGUAGCACAUUUCUUAGUCAUUUUGUGGCUUAUUGCACUUCCGGAACCAACUACAGAUAAACUUCCUCUUUUUCUACAGAAACCAUCUCGGUUUGCUAGAGGACCAUUUAUAAUCUGAAUUAAACCACUCCUUUUGCUUUCUUAGCCAAAUCACCAAAAUGUCCAGUUAGAGCAAGAAUUUAGCAUUCUGCAAAAGAAGUUAAAGCUGAGAGGAAACAUUCUGAAAUGGAUGCCAAAUAUUUCAUCUUAAUUUUGUUUUGUGGACACCUGAACAAUGUAUUUUUCUCGGAGACAGAGGCGAUUACAACAGAGAAGGAACAACUGUCUACUUUAUUUAGAUCAUCAAUGCCAUAUGUCUCCACUAAUUCUCAAGGUACAACACAGAAUCCUUUGGGUCAACGAACGCAAUUCAGCAACCUUUCCUCUGGACAACCAGUAUCAACUGCUAAAGCUGCUGCUGGACAACCAACGCCAGCUGCCUAUGCCUCUUCUGAGAAACCAGCAGCAUCCACUUCUGCUGGACAACUGCUUGCCCAUAAUGUCACCAGAAAACCAAUACCAACGGCCAACACCUCCUUCCCAGGAACAGCCAUACCUGUGUUCACCUCUGCCAGACAACUGUCAUCAUCUGACCAUACUUCUACCAGACAACCACCACCAUUUGACUAUACUCCCCCUCAACAACCAUCAUCUAUGCACACUUCUAGAAAAUUAACACCAACGACUGCUCAUAAUCUAGCCACAAAACCAAAACGAGCUAUCAGAAGUACACCAGGAUUCAUCCUAGAAACUAUCAGUAACAAAAUUACCCCAAAGAGUACCAAUUCUAAUUCAAUAGCUGCCAUAUUAAUUGGUGUAAUUAUGACUUCUAUGUUGGUAGCUAUAAUCAUGAUUGUAUUAUGGAAAUGCUUGCGAAAACCAGUGUCAAACGACCAAAAUUGGGCAGGUAGGUCUCCAUUUGCUGAUGGUGAAACCCCUGAUGUGUGUUUGGGUGACAUCAGAGAAAAUGAAGUAUCUACAAAACGUACAUCAAUUAUUUCACUUAUGGCCUGGAAACCAAGCAAAAGCACGCUUUUAGCAGAUGAUUUAGAAAUUAAGUUGUUUGAAUCAAGUGAGAACAUUGACGAUUCCAAAAACCCCAAAACAGAGAAAAUAAAAGAUCAAGCAAAUGGUACAUCAGAGGAUAGUGCUGAUGGAUCAACAGAUGGCACUGCAGUUUCUUCUUCAGAUGAUGUAGAUCUGCCUCCACCGCCUCCUCCCCUUCCUGAUUUGGAAGGACAGGAGAGUAACAAAUCUGACAAUCUCACAAUGACAACUGUAUCUCCUCUUCCAAGUGAUUCCACCAAUUUCCCACCACCUCUGGACUGUCUCGAUCAAGUCUGUGAAGAUCAUAAUUCUGAGGUCAAACAGUCAUUUCCACCUCCCCCUGAAUCACUUAACUUGCCCCUGCCAUCAGCAGAUUUUGUGAAAAACCAGGAAGAUUCCAACAAUGAGAUCCAGUGUCAGGAGUUUCCUACUCCUCCUGACUCUGAUCAGGAUCUCAAUGAAUCCCUGCCACCUCCAUCUGCAGAACUGUUAUAAAUAUUACAACUUUCUUUUCAGCUGAUUUUCCAUUCUUCUCCAAGGACUUUAUCUUUUGUUUUUCUUCAUGUGAUGAACUAUAUUAAAUGGCACCUGGUAGCCAAUUUUGAUUUUUAUUCAGGAACUACCUGAAAUCUGCUCAAAGCCCAUAUGCAUAAGUAGAAUUUUUAAAAAUUAUGUAACAGUGAUCUAUUGACUGGCUAUAGGACCUAACUUUUAAGUAUAGUACAUUUUACAUAUGUGGAUGGUAUGUAUAUCAAUAUGGUAUGUGUAUCAAUAACUAAACCAUUUUGGAAAUAAGCAAUCUACAUAUACUUAUUAUUACCCAAAAGAUUUUUUUCCCUGAAAAGCUGUGAAUAAAUAAAAUUUUAUUUUUCCACUUCAAA